UAAACUUGUCAUCUUGAAGCGAAAAAUAAAACUCUUGUGGUUUUUGGUCACACACACGAAAACAAAGAUUAUUUUUAUCGCACAAAAAAUUCGUUUUUACAGCACGUAAAAGUAAAUGCACAUAAUGCCUAUUUUGUGUAUCAUAGAAGCAAAUUUGAUCGAGUGAGUGCAGAAUUUGAUCGCUCUUAUACUGUUAUUUAUUGCUGUAUUGCUUUUUUUUGAUGAAAUCGGAGCAGAAGAAAUUGUUGCUGAUAGUAUUGUGUAUACACUGAAAUAUGAAAAUAUGCCGAGGGGUAAUCCGCGGUCACCGCCUGGGUAGCCCCGCUUCUUCCCCCUCCUAUUCAUCCGCACGAGCUUCGUCAUCCGCUUUCCCAACAUGGCUGAGUGUGAGUGUGGUGUUGUUUGUGGCGGUGCUGUUGGUGCCUGGAGGCGUGGAAGGAGUUCAGUGCUACAAGUGUUCCACCCAGGGUUCCAACUCUGCCUGCAUCGCCUCCUACACAUCCCUGGGCACUGAGAGCUGCGACGGAUUCUGCUACACGUACAUGACCUUUGUGGAUGGUGUGGCUCAGGGGGCCACUAGACAGUGUAUGACCCAACAGUGUGUGGCCACUUCGGCCGAUGGGACCAAGAGUGGAUUCACAGGGGUGAUGGUGAGAUGCUGUGAGAACAGUGCCCUAUGCAAUGACUUCACCUCCACCGCCUCCAGAAGAGUCUCCCUCUCAAACUCCCUCCUCCUCCUCUCCUCCAUCUUCAUCACAUAUCUCUCAUACUUCUUCAUCUGAAUGUACACUUGAAGCAUACCCACAGAGCUGUUAUUCU